GUCCGUCACCCAGUCAUCUGUGUCAACAACCAUGUCUUCUGUUCCAUUUGUAUUGAAGUGUGGCUGAAGAACAAUAAUCAGUGCCCAGCUUGCAGAAUUCCCAUCACGCCUGAAAAUCCUUGCAAGGAAAUCAUAGGAGGAACGAGUGAAAGUGAUCCUAUAUUUAGUCCCACAGUCAGAAAACACCUACGUAAAACAAGGCUUGAAUUGCUCCACAAAGAAUAUGAGGAUGAAAUAGAAUCCCUGCACAAAGAAGUGGAAGAUCUGAGAGGUAAAAAUCUCAGUUUACAGACACAGCUGAAAUCUCUUCUGAAUCCUACGGCAUCAGCUUUGUCUUGCCAAAAUGAAACUAUCCAGUCAGCAAAUGAAGCAAGUACCAGUGGCCCAGAAACCCCAGAGGAAUGGAGCAAAAAGCUGAAAGCUGCCAAUGAUAUAUAUGAAAAAGUGAUGGAUAAUAUGGAAAAGCUAAAAGAGGCGAAUAAGAAACUGAGCAUGGAAAACAAUAGCCUUUUAAGAGAGAAUUUGCGACUAAAAGCUGAAGUCGAUAGUAGAUCACCCCAAAAGUUUGGUAGGUUUACAGUAGCUGCACUUCAGUCCAAAGUAGAACAAAGUGAACGUGAAAUGAACCGUCUAAAAAAGGCACUGGAAAGAAGUGAUAAAUACAUAGAAGAAAUGGAGUGUCAGCUUUUACAGCUGAAAAACGCAGGCAAAGGAACCCAGACAGUGAGUGCUGUUAGUGAGAGAGCACUUUCCACAGAUGCAAAAGGAGCUGAGAGCAGUGCAGAUACAACAUGUUUGAAAACCCAAGUUGAGGAAAAAAAAGCUUUGACCAGCAAUCAGAGUCCUGACAGUCUUGAACAGAUGACAAAUGGUGGAACUUGUUUGAGCUCUUCAAGUCAAGAUGGUUCAAAUGGCUCAAAUACCCAGUGUGCCCCAAAGAAAGAUCUGUUUCCAGGAUGUCAUGGGGUUCUCCUGGAUGACAAUACUACAAAUAUGGAUGCCUGCUUAGAAGAACAGUGGAAUAAAAUUGAGGAAUGUACCCCAUAUAAGGAUGAAGAACUUUAUGAUCUUCCACCACCAUGCACUCCUUUUCUGUCUCUGAGUCGCCUUCAGUUGAACACUCCUGAUGGAAAAGAAAAUGCAAGGAAACCAUCAACAUUCCUGAGAAAACUGAAAUUUGAAGAGUUUUGUGACACUUCAGAUGACUGCAGCAAAGAUUCUCCAGAACACAGCACAAGCAGCUGUAAUAGCGAGAAGAAGCUAAACUGUUUUACUAGAGGAAAAUCAGGGUUUUGGGGGACCUGCCCAACAAAUUUUGCUGACAACUUAGAUUUUGAUGAAUCAGAGCAAAAUUCAGCAGCUGGUCAGUCAGAUGAGUCAUCAGCUAAGUCCAGUGAUAAAACAAGUUCUUGCUUACCUAAAAGGUUACAUACUGUCUGCUCCUCUGAAAUGAAUCGCACAAGAACCUCCAGUGAGGCAUCUAUGGAUGCUGCCUACCUCGAUAAAAUUUCCGAGUUGGACUCAAUGAUGUCUGAAUCGGACAACAGUAAGAGUCCAUGCUAUAAUUUCAAGUCCUCUGAUCUUGAUAAUUCUUCAAAGUCAACAGAGUGCUCUAAGCUUCUGAAUGAAGCUGAGAAGAAACUGGAAGAGAUGAGUGAGGAUCAGAGUAUGAAGUGUCCAGAGACGAGUGAUCUAGCAGCUGACAGAACUGGCUGGAAACAUGCUAUGUUUUCGAUCCUCUCUCCAUCUGAGCUAGAUAUGAAUGACCACUUUCCACUGUUUACAGGCCAAAACGUAGUGGCUAGUGAUAUCAAACCUCCAAACUGUUUAUUUCAAAGAGACUUUUCCCAGAAUUUACUAUUCAGUAACUCACAAAGGUUGUUUGAGGAACAAAAGUUCGGUUCCUGCUUUUUAAAGAUGUCAUCUGACCUGCAUAAUCAGCUUAGUCCUCCUUGGGUGUCUUCCUUUAUAGCUGAAAGGAAAAAUAAAAAUGUCAGUCAGUCGACCAAGAGGAAAAUUCAGAGCAGCCUUUCCAGUGCUAGUCCGUCAAAAACCACCAAAAACUGACUCUGCUUGGAAAUUGAACGUGACUCAAAGUCAUCAACCUGCAGAUGUUUAAUAUUUACAGGUGAACUUAAUUUUUAAUGACUUCCAUGCGAUCUGAUCCUGUCUUUUUCGACUAUGUGAAAACUGAACGCUCCCUUGCCCAUUACAAGCUCUUUCCUAGGGAAGACCUAUUCCAGAUUCUUUUCUUUGACUGAGCAUUUUGUUUACUUGGGGGUUUUGGGGU